ACCGCCAUUAAGGUACUUCAGGAGCGUGUCUAACCCUAGCAGCCCUGUUCUCAGAUCCCACACCACAAUGUCUAAGAUCUCCUUAAAGAGUUCCGACGGCAGGGACUUUGAAAUAGAUGAAUUGGGGGCGCUCGAGUCUCAGGUGCUCAAGUACAAGAUCGAGGAUGGCUGUUCGGGCACUUUUGUCCCUAUCCCGAACGUGAAUAGCAGGAUUCUCGCUAUGGUCAUUGAGUACUGCAAGAAACAUGCUGGUGCUGCGAAUUCUUGCGAUGUUGAUGCGCUAAAGACCUGGGAUGCUGAAUUCAUCAGUGUUGAUCUACAAACCCUCUUCGAACUCGCCAAAGUAUGAAUCUCCCCUCGCUGUUUAUUCUAUUCAGUUCUAAAAAAAUUGACGAUUACACAAAAAUUAGAGAUGAGUAUAGAGGAAUUACUUGGUGAAGAGCCAUCCCUCUUCCUUCUUUUUUUUCUUCUCUCNGCAGUAUCAUCAUUAUACACAGAUCUGAUGAAGAGGUAUCAUAUCUCUACAGAUCUGAUGAUUCCAAUCUAGAUCUUAGAUGAAGAUGGAGAUGGCGACAUCCUAUAGCAAUGACGGAGUAAAGAGCGGCAAUUGAAGGCACAUGUUGGAUUAGAAGGUAGAGACCCCAGGUUUCUUCCUUUUUCUUUUUGAAAUUGAAGCAGUUGGCGGAAGUGACGGUGGAGCGGCAAGACUGCAGUCGAAGGUGACACACAGUAGAGCAGUGAUGGGACUAUUGGAGGUAUGGG